AUGCCAUUUUCCAUGUUGACAAGUAAUGAGCCACAAACGUCAUCUGAUAGCCAUGAUGGCUCAGUGGUCAAGGUCUCUGUGCACCUUGCCUCUAAACCAGCAGGUACCUGUUCGAAUCCCAUUGUUGAUGGAGCACUCUUCAGUUACAAUUCCCCUUGGCACAGACAGCAUUUUGUAAUUGUACCCUUCAUGAGGCACGGAGAGCAUUUGGUAUCCUUCAUAAAGCUUAGAGAGCAUUUAGUAUCCUUCCAUGAAGCACAGAGGGCAUUUGGCAUCCUUCAUGAAGCUCAAAGAGCAUUUGGUAUCCUUCAUGAAGCACGGAGAGUAUUUAGUAUCUUUCAUGAUGCACAAAGAACAUUUAGUAUCCUUCAUGAAGCACGGAGAGCAUUUGGUAUCCUUCAUGAAUCUCAGAGAGCAUUUGGUAUCCUUCAUGAAGCUCAGAGAGCAUUUGAUAUGCUUCAUGAAGCACAGAGAGCAUUUGGUAUCCUUCAUGAAGCACGGAGAGCAUUUGGUAUCCUUCAUAAAGCUCAGAGAGUAUUUAAUAUGCUUCAUGAAGCACGGAGAGCAUUUUGUAUCCUUCAUAAAGCUCAGAGAGCAUUUGGUAUCCUUCAUGAAGCAUCUCAGAGAGCAUUUGAUAUCCUCCAUGAAGCACGAAGAGCAUUUGGUAUCCUUCAUGAAUCUCAGAGAGCAUUUGGUAUCCUUCAUGAAGCACGGAGAGCAUUUGGUAUCCUUCAUGAAGCUCAGAGAGUAUUUGGUACCCUUUAUGAAGCGCAGAGGGCCUUUGGUAUGCUUCAUGAAGCACAGAGAGCAUUUGGUAUGCUUCUUGAAGCACAGAGAGCAUUUGGUACCCUUUAUGAAGCACAAAGAGCAUUUGGUAUGCUUCAUGAAGCACGGAGACCAUUUAGUAUCUUUCAUUAA